AUGGAGAGCAAGUUUGUUUGGUGGAAUGAAACGCACUCUGCCAAGCCGAACGGAUUCGCUAUUAGCGGCUACCAUAACCGUCGGCAACUGCGCGAGUCGGUAUUGCCGGUGACGCGCUUCAUAGCCCAAAAAGUGAUUCGUGAAGGGACGCGGCGGUUGAUGGUGAAGCCGCAGACUGAGUCCCGAGGGUCCCGACGGCGGUUGGCGGAGUUGGAGUCGUCUCGAGUGGUCGCGCGCUUGCAGACGCUGCCGGUAAUGGAGUUGACGCUGAUCGACCUUGCGCCGGACGCUUCGGUCGACGCGGUGGCCGCCCUGGUCGACGAUCUCUUGGCGUCGGGAGCCUUCGAGUACAUAGAACCCGACUCCCCGGUUUGGGCCAUGCCGCCCGACGGCUAUCUCGGGGACCCAGGUGGCCGCUCCUGGAAGCUUCAGAACGUAGCUGUGGAUGGAGCACCGCUCGACGAAUCACCGCCGGACCCCGAGGGGGGAUUACCCCCGUGGGGGUCGGGUGCGCUGCCGAAGGGUGCGUCGGUGGUUCAGCAGGUUUGUCCGCGGUUGGAGUUGGGCGCCUUGUUGGGAGCGGAGUUGGCUUCAUUUUCGACGGCACCGCCUUCGACUGAGACGGGUCGGUUGCUGCGUGCGCCUAAUGACCCCUUGUGGCCGUUGCAGUGGGGGCUGCCUUGGGCGGGUGCACCGGGCGCCUGGGCGUCGCAUCGUGGUGAUGAGGAAGGUGCGCCGCGGCCGAUCGUGUGUGUGGUGGACACGGGAGUGGAUUACACACACCCGGACUUGCGCAAUAAUAUGUGGGUGAACGAAGCGGAAUUGGGCGGUCGUGCGGGUGUGGAUGAUGAUGGGAAUGGGUACGUGGACGAUGUGUACGGGAUUAAUGCCUUAUUGAGCGCGGGAGACGCGCGUGCGGGUGACCCGUUGGACGACAACUCGCACGGUACACACUGCGCGGGUGUGGUGGGCGCGACGGGGGACAACGCGCUUGGUGUGGUGGGUGUGAACCGUCGUGCGCAGAUCAUGGCUUGUAAAUUCCUCGGGUCAGAUGGCGGCGGUGCGGUGAGCAACGCAGUAAAGUGUGUCGACUACGCCAUCGCACACGGCGCACGCAUUCUUUCCAACUCCUGGGGAGGUUCAGGUUCCCGGGCGCUACGGGAGGCCGUGGGACGCAGUCGCGAGGCGGGUUUGCUGUUCGUGGCCGCUGCAGGCAACUUGUUUCAGAACAACGACCGACUCCCGACGUACCCUGCCAGCUACGCCUUGGAAUUAGACAACGUCCUGGCCGUGGCCUCCGUCGACCAACGCGGCCUAUCUCCUUUCAGCAAUUAUGGUCGACGCUCCGUCCACCUCGCAGCACCUGGCUCCAACAUCCUCUCAACGGUCCGCAACGGCGCCUACGCCACUCUCUCCGGUACAUCCAUGGCCUGUCCCGCCGUCGCCGGACUUGCCAGCCUCUUACUAUCCGCUGCACCCCAACUCAACUACACACACCUCAAACAGGCCAUACAACACGGCACCAAACCACUGCUCGACCUUGCAGACAAGACCCACUGGGGAGGCACUGCUGAUUAUGACCGCACUCUUGAAGCCGCACUCGGUAACAAACUAUUCAGACCCCUACCUAACUGGCCCACCUGGAUGCAACGACUCACCCUCCGCCCCAAAGAGACCGUGCACAUACCAUUCGCACUCUAUGGCCUGCACAUCGGCACCUACAACUCCACCUUCACCAUACUCGCUCGCCCCGUCGGACAUACCUCUCAUCCAGACAGACACCAUCACACCACUACUACCACCACCCGACCGCCACACACCACCACCGAGCACGGCUCGACCACCGAGCACGGCUCGACCACCGAGCACGGCUCGACCACCGAGCACGGCUCGACCACCGAACACGAACACGAACAUAAGUCCACUACUGGUGGACACGGGUCAACUAUUGGCGAACACGGAUCGACCACCACCCACCACUCAACCACGCCGCCGGAGACGGCCGCGGAGACGUCCCCGGAGGAGCCGGCUCUGGAGACGUCCACGGUGGAGGCGGACCCGGAUAUCCCCAGUCGCCUCGUCACCCUGCCGGACGAUUUCAAGCCCAUCGAAGAACCGGGACGAAGGACGCCGGACUGGCGAAUGCCGCCUCCAGGCCCGGGCCCGGAGGCACCGGUACGGCUCACAACGGAGCCGACGCGGCCGCCAGAGAUGACGACCAAUCGGUUCCCGGCACUGGCUUCUUCAACCACCACUGGCGGCGACCAGAGGCGCGUGCUCGACCAUGGCAGUGCUCUCGAGGACGACUUGGCCGCGGCGGAAGACGCCACGGCAGAAGACGCCGGGGAGCAGGAUGCAUUCGAGGGGGAGGAGGCGGUCGAGGAGGUUGAGCAGGCGGUCGAGGAGAAAGAAGGGGCGGUCGAGGAGACAACCGUGGGUGAAGACGCGGCGGAUGCCGAGGUGGGCGAGGCGGUGGGUGCCGCGGAGCAUGGUCACCACCACGGCCGGGCGAGUCAUUGGACACGCGUUGUGCACUGGUCUGUGACGGUGUUGCCUCGGGCGCAGUUGGACGAGAGCAAAAUCCCGGCGGUGUUGUUUAUUCCGACGGAGCCUAAGUCGGCCUCGCUGCCGGUGGUGAUCUCAUUGGAGAACUUGGCACGCCAAGGGAACACGGGGUCGAGGACCAAGGGGUCUGGGAUGGGGCGCGUGCCGGAGCUUCAGUUGAAAUUAACGCUACUGUCUUCGCAGCCGGAGGCGCUGGUCUCCUCGCUGCCAUUGGACGGCCAGACGCCGGUCAGGGUCCUGGACCGGCUGCCCCUGGUGCUGCGUUGUUUGCCGCAGCCAUCCUCGCACACGAUUGUCGUCGAGCGAAAGGAAGGCGGUGCCUUCCGCCGCUCCGAGAUCAUGGUGCACUGCCAGGACUUCGAGGUCCGCGCGGUGCCCGAAAAACUACAGCCAACCGACCACGCACUCCUCCUGACAAUGGCCGGCUCCUGCGUCGCCGGCGAGGAGGAGGACGACGAAAACGGCGAGAAGGGCAGGAACCGGAACCGAACCUGUGUCCAUCCACCUGUGAGUUUCAUGGCGCACUACGUCCCACUGGACUACGCGGACGGUGUGAUCGCGGGUUACCGCCCGGCCGUUUGGCACACCAAGAGCCGACCCGGCUGGGUGAACUUGGGCGAUUUUGCGAACUGUCUGGACGCGGGCUGGACAGAGUCAGACGGCGUCACGUACACGUCGCUCGCGUUCGACGCCGGCAACGACGACGGCUCGGUGACCUACAAGUUCAAGCGGGGCGCGUUCCCGUUCUUCGGCCAAAUGCGCGAGUCCGUCAUCAUCAACGCCAACGGCUGGGUGGUCUUCGAUCCUAGCGCCGUCCCGAAACGGCCCUGGGAGCCGCAGCUGCACGUCAUGGCCUCCGGACGCGCCGCCCCCGACCAGGACUCCGCUGCUGACCCGCACAGUGUCCAGGACCCGCCCAAUUACGACCAGUACGAAGUCCGUGCAGGCGCAGCUAGAAACGAAGCAGAAAAUAGCAGCGAAGGGUCGGAGGAGCUGCUUUACGGCGGCAUGUAUCCGGCUGGAGGUGCCCGAGACGAAUGGCGGGGGAACCGAUGGGUGCAGUCGUCAGUGGUUGAGCAAUCGUCGGUGGAAUCGACCACGAGUCGGCCAGCGCGUGAGAUCAUUGCGGUGUACUGGACGGACCUGAAACAGGCCUCCGUGACCGUGGCGGAAGGCGACGACGAAGUGAUUAUUCAGUGGAACAACGUGGAGCUUUUCGACGACCUGAACCACCAGCGUUUCAGCUUCCAACUGUUGCUCACGAAGGGCGGCCUGGUCGCGAUGAGUUACAACAAACUCGUCUUCGAACCGGGGGCCCAGAUCGGGCUGCGCAAAGACGACUACAAACGUCUUGCACCGCUCAAUAAGCUUUACGCCCACCUCGCCAGUGGGGCCACUCUCGUCUACGCCCCUGAGUGGGCAACCCGCCGCCGUGGAGCAGCCGAGGACGGAGAUGAGGACGAAGCCAUUAAUAAAAGCCAAGCUGUAGGCGAAGCCGGAAUGGGGCCAUUAGCGGUCUCCUUUUCAAGCUCCAACUCGUCUUACGAAAUCGGCACCAUCGACAACUUCUGGACGCCUGUUCAUCUGCGUCGAAAACCAUUGGCAAACGGUCAUUCAGCGUCUAGGCCGAAAGGGUACGUCAAGAUACUUACAGCCACUCCAAUUAUUCAGCACCCAUUAAGGAUACUCCGGGUCAAUUUUGUGUAG